AUGGAGAACAAUCAGAUUACUAUGUUCAGGUCACUUAAUGCUCAUUCCACCAACUAUACCAUCAAAGCUAAGAUCAUAUCCAUGUGGGAUAAAAAAAUGAAUGGUUAUGAAAACCAGAUCUAUGGAGUUGACAUGUUGUUGAUGGAUGAAGAGGGUUCGUUCAUUCAAUAUUUCAUUGGUUAUUUGGUUGUCUCAUAUCCUAUUGAAGAUGCAAAUAGGAAGGAUGGAUCUAAAACAAAGAGAAUGAACAUAGCCCUAAAGGAUCUUGAAGAUCAGAAGAUUAGUGUAACAUUGUGGGAAAAUUAUGCAAUCACUUUGUCAAACUACAUGAACGAUAAAAACCGCCCUGCUCAUGUUGUUAUACAUGUUCAUUUUGGCACAGUGAAUAUUUAUCAAGGUAAAGUUGGCCUUACUAACAUGUUUGAAGCCAGUCGUGUCUUCAUAAAUUCGGAUAUUCGUGAGAUAAAAGAAUUCAAAGACAGGUAUCUUGAGAAGGAGUUAUCUAAAUCAUCUUCCAGUAAACAGUCAUGCUCUCAAGUGAUAUCGAAUACAGAAGAUGAGUUUCUAAAUGCUGAAGAUUUUGUGUUGACCGGUUUUAUUGCUUCAAUUGAUGUGAAGAAAAAGGUUAUCAUUGUUGGUACUGUUACAGCAAUUUCAAAUGAUAAGCCUUGGUAUUAUUUAUCAUGCAAUCAUUGUAAGAAGCAAAUUGAAGAGAAAUGUGAAUUGGUUGAGAAAGAUGAUGGCAGCUUUGACGUAUUGGAUGACAAGUCUUUUGAGUGUAUAAACCCGGAUUGUUUUGAUGCUGUUGACAUUGUUCCUGUUCAUCGAUACAAGAUACCUCUAAGGGUUCAGGAUUCCACCGGAAUCGUUUCCUGUACAUUGUUUGAUUAUGAAGCUAUUAAGCUUUUGAAGAAAACCUCAAAAGAACUACUUGAUAUUUACUCAAAGGUUGACACUUCCACCGAAGGAUCGUUUCAGUCACUUCCAUAUGAGUUUGAUGUGUUGUUGAACAAAAAGUUUGCCUUUCAAAUCAAAAUUUCCAGUUUUAACAUUUCUAACCAGAUAGAAAACUAUGGAAUUUCAAUGUUAUCUUCCGAUGAGGAUCCACUUUCUGCUCUGGAGAAAAAAUGGAAAAUUAAUGAGUCUGAUGUGUCUGAGUCAAAUGUUCAAUGUUUGUCCGAUUCAGUUGGUAAUGUAAAAAGUUUAUCAAAGGAAUCUCAAUCUGUGAUGGGUGACAGUGUUACGCCAGAUCCUAUUGAUGUUAAUGAUCAUGAUCCGUCAAAGUUCGAAAAUAUUAAACGUAACCUUGAAGAUGUUUAUGAUGUUGAUGCUGUUGAUAGCUCUUCUACUAAACGUCAUAACAGUCCUGGGAAUGUUGAAGUAAACAAUUCUAUCAAGUUGGGCCUCAUCACCCCAAAGAUUGAGAAAUAA